CCACCUUUUUCAAGGUGUUACAACAUUUUUGGGACACCCUGUAUAUUCCUUAGCUGAAAAGUGGCGACGACCAAUCAGAAUCGGGCAACGUUAUUUCUUUCUAAAAGGGUACGAAUUCGUGGUUCCGGGUGUAUUUAUAUCUGUAUUAGCGGCAUUUGUCAUACAACAAUUCUAUUAUGGUAAAUAAACGUGUUCAACUAUCGACAUUGUAUGAAAACAUUGUAAAAAAAGAAAAAUAUUAAUUUGAUUUAACUAAAACGUGAAAUUAAAAUGUCAGACGAAUCAGAAUACGAAGUAGAACUAGAAGAGUUCGAUAUUUAUAAACAGAAGUAUCAACUGCUACUAGAUAGAUGUGAAGUCUUACAACAGGAAAAUGAAAGACUGAUUUACCGAAUUCAGAGAGUAAGGAAACUUCUCAAGCGUACAAGGAAGGAAAAAAAAUUUUUAAUUGAUCGUUUGGAUCAACAUGGUGAUCGGUGGCGAGAAGCACCUAUGGGUGUUCUUGAAGAAAAUAAUGUAUUUCAAGCAACAUCUAAACAAGAAAAAGCUGCAAAGGCCACUGCUCACAAUUCUAAAGAUGAAAGAACGAAAAAAGGAACAAAAAGGAAAGGUGCAAAGACGGAUCCUAACGCGCCAAAAAGACCAGCAAAUCCAUUUUUUCAAUUCUGUCAAGAACAACGACCUCGUGUUAUGGAACGGUUAGCUGGAGAACCAGAACCAAGCAAACAAGAACUCACUAGACAACUUGCAACCACUUGGAAAUCUCUUAGUUCCGAAGACAAGAAAGUAUAUUAUGAUAUGUAUGAACGAUCUAAAGAGAAAUACGUUGCUGAAAUGCAAAUCUAUAACAAAAAGUCAGAAGAUGCACCAAAUCAAAUGUCUUUAAAUAUAACGUAGUAUUUAUACUUAAGUUAAAUGUUAUUUAUAAA